AUGGAGCCGUGCAACGUCUCCAGGCCGGGCCAGCGCUGGCGGCUCUCAGCCGCGCCUGGCAGGUCCGAGCAGACCGCCGUGCAGAACGACCUGGCCUUCCGCGCGGGAGGGUGCUGGGAGAUCACGGCGUGCGCCGAGGACGAGCACGCCGAGGUGGGCGUCAACUACGGCUGCAAGGCCCUGCCCCGCCCGGGCUGGGCCGACCCGUGCGAGGCGAACGGAGCGUGGUCCUUCAACGCCAACUUGACGAUCACCUCCGUCAUGGACGGCAAGUGCCUGCAGGUGGACCCGCGGGACGACACCACGGUGAGCGUGGCGUCGUGCACCGGAGAGGUCCCGUCCGUAGCCAUUUUGGCUCAAGAGCGGCUCAGGUUGUCGCCGCCGAUCCAGCAGCAGUCGUCAGCGCCCCUCUCCGCAGGGCCAGCCAUGGGGGCCAACAAGGUCGUGCAGAAGUCCAAGGAGGCCAAGAUGAAGGCCGCCAUGGCCGGCGGCAAGUCCAAGAAGAAGAAGUGGAGCAAGGGCAAGGUCAAGGAGAAGCUGGCCAACCUGGUCAUGUUUGACCAGGCCACGUACGACAAGAUGCUGAAGGAGAUUCCGAAGGCGAAGCUCAUCACCACCGCCAUCGUGAGCGAGAGGCUGAAGGUGAACGGCUCGGUGGCGCGCCAGGCCAUCCGCCACCUGGAGGAGAAGGACCUGAUCCAGCCCGUGGGCGAGAGGAGCUCCAGCAUGCUGAUCUACACGCGCAAGAUCGGGGCGGGCGACUGAGCGCCAGCGACGCGCGCACAGAGGCGACCUGAGGGGCUGCGAGCGUCGGCUUCGCCGCGGCGCCUCCUUUCUCCUCCUCCGUCUUCCCUCCUCCCCCUCCUCUUCCUUGG